UGGACCAGUUCCUUAUUCUCCUGGGCCACCAACUUCCCCAUUAAGUUGGGGACGAUGUUGCAAGCAGAUCCUCCUGCCUGUAACUGAGUCGGCCUGCGCGCAUUAACCCCCGUGGCCUGAGAGCUGCCAGGACCCCACUGAUUCCCCGAAAGGACGGACGGCAGAUGGACUCAACAUUGGUGAGGAUGUUGGUUUGGACCUUCAUCUUCUUGAUCCUGGAAGAUCUCUCCUUGGCAAAUGAGCCUCCAAAAUACUGCUACGGGGCCCCGGGUCUCCCCGGAGUCCCAGGUCCUCCAGGCAAAGAUGGUCGGGAUGGUCAAAAGGGAUCCAAAGGAGAACCAGGUCCUCCAGCCAUUCCUGGAAGCCAUGGUCCCAAGGGAGAGGCAGGUCUUCCUGGACUGGCUGGUCUGCCGGGGAAAAGUGGACCUAGAGGAGUUUCAGGAAGUGUAGGAGACAUUGGUCCCAAAGGGGAGGUCGGUGAGCCAGGAGACCCCGGUGGCUUCAAGCACAUGUUCCAAUCAGCCUUCUCGGUCAAGCGUCAGACGCACGAGCACCCCACGAAGAACACCCCAGUUGUCUUUCGCGGAAACAUCACCAACACCUACCACGACUACGACACCACCACGGGCAAGUUCACCUGCCGCGUUCCUGGGGUCUACUACUUCACCUUCCACACCUCCUUGACGGCCAACCUCUGCGUCAACAUGUAUCUGAACCGGGAGAAGGUGGCCAGCUUCUGCGACCACCUCUCCAACCCCAAGCAAGUCACUUCUGGGGGGGUCUUGCUCCAGCUGCAAAAGGGCCACCAGGUCUGGCUGGCGGUCAACGACUACAACGGCAUGGUUGGGGUGGCCGGGGCGGACAGCGUCUUCUCCGGCUUCCUGCUCUUUCCAGACUAACUUCUUCAGAUCAGCCACGUUGGUUCUUCAGCCUGCGUGCGGUUGACCGUUCCCAGAUCUCGCCUCGCUUUUCUGUCAUUCAAUGUUUCGUUCACCUGCAUGCUUAUUAAACAAAAGAAAGAGUUUGUAAGUGUUAUGAAGAACAAUAAAUUGGUUCUUUGCUUUAUUUGUUCCAUCA